AUGACCGCUUCCGACCUGGGUGCACUGGCGGCCCGCAAUGCCAUUGAAGACAGCGGUGUUGACCCGGAAACCAUAGACCAGAUCAUUGUUGCCCAUAAUUUUGGCGACACUUUAAAGGAAACCAUACAGAUGGAUGCCGUGCCUUCGCUGGCCAGCCGCAUCAAACACCAGCUGGGUAUUGUGAGUCCGCAAUGCAUAGCCUAUGAUAUUCUGUUUGGCUGCCCCGGCUGGAUACAGGGUGUUAUCCAGGCCGAUGCUUUUUUUAAAGCGGGGCUGGCAAGAAAAUGCCUGAUCAUUGGCGCUGAAACAUUGUCGAGAGUGAUAGAUUUAUACGAUCGCGACAGUAUGAUUUUUGCGGAUGGCGCCGGUGCCUGCGUACUGGAAUAUAAAGAAGUACCGCAGGAUGGCAGUGGCAUCCUCAGCGCCAGCAUGCAAAGCCACACGGUUAAAGAAGUAAAUUAUAUAGACAUGGGCGCAUCCAAUUGCCCCGGCAGCGAUGCCCAUGUACGUUAUAUGAAAAUGAAGGGGCGGAAAGUCUACGAAUAUGCCAUGAAACAUGUUCCGGAUGCCAUGAAGGACUGUUUAGACAAGAGUGGCAUACCCAUUACAGAUUUGAAAAAGAUUUUCAUUCACCAGGCCAAUGAAAAAAUGGAUGAGGCUAUUGUAAAAGCCUUUUACAAAUUGUACCAUAUUGAUGAGCCGCCGGCGCAUAUCAUGCCGAUGACCAUUCACUGGCUGGGCAAUAGUUCAGUGGCCACCGUUCCUACCUUAUACGACCUUGUUAUUAAGAACCAGGUGACAGAUCAUGCGCUGCAUAAAGGAGAUGUUAUCAUUUUUGCUUCCGUAGGUGCCGGCAUGAAUAUCAAUGCGGUUUGUUACCGGUAUUGA